CUCAUGGCCUCGCGUCUGACACACCACAAACGGCAGCUCGAAAACACCAUGGCCGGCGUAGCUCUUGCCAAGCGGCUCGUCAACCUCUCGACGUGCGAGAUCUCGGACGCACUCAUCAAGAUGGGUGUCGCGCACGGCGGCCUCAUUCCCGACAUCAAGAUGUAUUCGCCGCUCUACGAGGCCGGCGAGACCCGCAUCGCCGGCCCGGCGUUCACUGUUGAGAUGGUCCCCACCUCCCACCCCGAUAAGAGCAAGCCCGACACGCACUUCGUGGACGCGUGCCCGCCCGGCCACGUUAUCGUCAUGCAGACGCCGCUGGGCACCCGCUCCGGCUGCUGGGGCGGCCUCAUGUCGACCGCCGCCAAGACGAAGGGUGUGGCCGGCGCAGUCCUCGACGGCGGCUGCCGCGAUCUGAACGAGCACCGUGCCGUCGACUUUCCUGUAUUUGCGCGGCACCACUCAACCCUAGGCCCGGGCACAUUCACGCGUGUGCGCGCGCUCAACGUGCCUCUCGAGAUCAAGGUGGCUCCGCCCAACGCGGACCCCCCCUUCCCCGAUGCGACCGUGCACCCCGGCGACAUCGUCGUGGCGGACCUUGACGGCGUGGUCGUCGUGCGGCCCGAGCAGGCCGAGGAGGUGAUCAAGCGCGCUGGGCCGGCGCACGACGCCGAUGAAAAGGUCCGCGCCGACUUGCUGCUGGGCAAGGGCGUUGCGGAGAGCAUGCUCAAGCACCGCGGCAAGGCGCCGUGAAGCAGCGCCGAGAAGUAAUACAUGCAAUGGUGGUCGUA